CCCAGACCGACUGACCUGCUUACCUCCCUACCUUACGUACCUGUCUCUAGCUGGCGCCUCUAAUGCCCCAGGCCCUAGGACUAGGGGCGUACUUUAAGCUGUCCGGGCGCAUCAUAACAAUGGACUAACGGUCGACGGGGGUGUAAUGCGGAAAGAAAAAAAAGAGCCACACCCACGGUCCCACGUCCUAGCGUCCCAUGUUCCAAUGUCCCACCUCUCACGUCCCCAUCCGGCCGGCAAUAAGAAUCACCAACUUUCCUCCUCUCUUCCUCAUCCUUCCCCAUGGUCUUCACAUUGCACUGUCCUACCUUAUAUUGCCUGCUUCUCCUCUGAGUUCUGCUUCUGCGACUUCUGUGUACCAUCUUCUGUGUCCCACAGCUACGGAAAAAAACCCGGACUCAGAAAAUACCCCUCCUUCCACCUCGUUGUUCCUGUCCUCCCCCUCCACCGUCACACUCACACUCGCCCUCAUACUCACACGCACACUCUCACUCCUGUCUGCGCCAUCACUCCUACACCCGGUAUAUCCAAGUGCGAACACGCCAGCACGCAACAGCUUUCUCCUCUCUGGAACAGCUCUGUAUCGAAACCAUACCCAGCCCUGCCGUCGCCCCUCUUCCGAGAAUCCUGGGCCCUGCCAUCGCUUGUCAACCAAUCCUACCAACUCUCUUAGGUCCAGACCCUGGUGUCCUUUCUCUGCCAAUCCCCGUACUACUCUACUCGGGCCCGUUCUGUUCCACUUGAUACAGUCCAGAUCCAUCUUUGUAAGUCCUGCCCUGUGCUCCUCGGCGUGCUGCGCUUGCGAAAUUUGAAACCCCUAUCACUGGUGACCUCAUAUUCCGUGCCCCUCUAUCCCGGAUCCUCCCACCGACAGCGAGUGCUUUGCUGGGACAGGGAGUACCAGAGAGCGUGUUGUACGACGAAUGGGCCAGUGUUUGCCAUAUCGAAUGGCAACUCUCAUGCUGUCUUAUACCUCUCGCUACGUCCCGGCUCCUUCGAGGCGACCGUUGAGGUUUACUCGGGAUAGAUCCGUUGUCGCUAUAAAGAGACGCCUAAGUGAUCAAUUUGUCGCCUCUUGUCCAACCUCCAACCAUAU